AUAUCGCACUAUCAUACACAAAGUUAAAACACAUUAAAAAAUAAAAAAAAAUGGACGCAGAUAGCAGCGGAUCCGCGCACCGAGAUUUCCAGUCGCUCAGGUCAAGGUCCCGCCGUGAAAGGGAGAAGUAUCCAAGGGAGAGGGAUCGCGAGCGAGAAAGGCAGCGCGAGGAACCCAAGGUUCCAUACUUCUCGGAUGCGAUACGUGAGCGGGAUCGGAAAUUGCGACGUAGGUCUCCACGGACAACCAGACAUCGCUCCCGCUCCAAGUCGUACUCCCCGGAACGGGAAAGCCGAUACAGGAGGCAACGCCACCGCUCAAGAAGUCGGAACCGCAGCCGGAGUCGUAGCAGUGAGCGGAGACCACGGACUCCGCCGCCAAAGAUCAUCAACUACUAUGUACAAGUGCCAGCACAUGAGUUCUAUGGAAUGUACGGUCCAUAUCCGAUGGCGCCACCGCCACCGAGGUUCGGAUACCCAAGGCCACCUCGUCCGCCACAAUUCCCAUCGUCCGGGCCACGGAGAUACGUCCAGCGGGCGCCGUUUAUUCGAGGAGCACCCCGUUACAGCUACAGGAACGCGUGGCAGCGACCAAAUUAGACACUUGGCCUUCGACAUAAUUACAAAUUUAUUUACAGUCCUGU